UCCAUUGCUCAUUUCUCACAUUCUCUCUCUACUCUUCUCUUCCUUCUUCCUUCUUCCUUGCUGUAAAAGCAAUCUUCCUGUUCGUGGUUGGUCUUGUGGUGGGCACCGCCUGGAAUCGGAGGGAGGUUCAUGUGCGGGUGAAUUGAAGCGAGAGAUGAGCUGCAACGGGUGCCGUGUGCUUCGGAAGGGGUGUAGCGAGUCGUGUAUUCUACGCCCGUGUUUGCAGUGGAUCGAGAGUGCUGAGUCCCAAGGCCACGCCACUGUGUUUGUGGCCAAGUUUUUUGGUCGUGCGGGACUGAUGUCCUUCAUCUCUGCUGUUCCUGAGAACCAGAGACCUGCUUUGUUUCGGUCACUUUUGUAUGAGGCGUGUGGCCGGACCGUGAAUCCGGUGAACGGGGCCGUGGGACUACUGGGGACGGGGAACUGGCACGUGUGUCAGGCGGCGAUGGAAACAGUCCUCCGAGGGGGUACUCUGCGGGCGAUGCCGGAACUUCUUAACGGAGUUUCGACCCAGGAGUGCGACGAAGCCUCUGAGGCCGAGGUAACUUGUACGGACAUGUUCAAGCUCCGAGAUCCGAAUUCGAGCUCACGAUCGAAGGUGCCUAAACGGAAGCGCCUGGAAGAGGCAUCCAAAGUGCAGUGUACGGAUCUGGAUCUCCGCUUAACUCCGGGUCUUACCGCUAAAAUAUCAUCUCGAGGCUUGGGAGCGAUGAGUUAUCUUCCAGAAACUCGCCGGCCGGGAACUCCGUCGAUGAAUUCAGAAGAAUCUGUGACGACCACGUGCUUCGAUACGCCUCAUUCGCCAGAAGGAGAAAGAAAGCUUCUCAACUUGUUCCUUUAAGUGAAUGGAAGUUCACGGGAGCUAGUUUACUGUAAUAUUUUUGUUAUAUUUAAUUUAGGCUUCAUCUUUUAUUGGGGGAGGGUUUUUCCCGGAAUUGAAUUCGGGAAUUUUUGUAAAUCACUGGCACAGGAUUUCUCUUUCCUUAGCGUUCAAAAGGGAGAGAAAAAUGAGAGUUUGCUGGUAAUCCUUGGUUCUCUUUCCAUGUAGCUAUGACUGUGUGACGCCAAUAAAUCAAUUAUUUUUCUGUCUUCCAUAAUUGAGCUCUGUAUGCAGAGAGACAUGGAGAGAACAGGAAAAGCCCUAAUGAUAAUUGACAGUCUCAUUUUUUUUUCGUUA